AUGAAGAGAGAGACGCUGCACAUUGUGAUGGACUGGGCGGAGGGCGGCACUCUUGCGGCGGUCCUUUCCGCGCAGCGCGUUGAGGGCAGGACGGUGACGGAAGCGUGGGCGUGCAGCGCAGCCCAACAGAUGUGCGCGGCUCUGGCGUACAUCCACCAGAAGGGCGUGGUCCACUGUGACCUGAAGCCCGAGAACGCCAUGCUGCUGCGCGCCAUCGACGUGCGCAGGAACGAGGCGCCCCAUGUGCUCCUAGUGGACUUUGGCAUCGCAGAGAUCGUGGAGGCGCGGCAGCCGGCGGGGCCUUUGAAGGUGAGGGGCACCGCCGUGUACCUCGCCCCCGAGGGCUUUGAGGGCCACUUGACCGAGAAGAGCGACCUCUGGGCACUGGGCGUGGUGAUCUUUGAGAUGUUGCUGGGGCGACGUCCCUUCCAGGCGGACAACAUUGCGGUGCUUUGGUGCAAAGUGGUGCAGAGCGAGGUGCCGCUGAAGGAGCUCAGCGCGCUCAGCGCUGAGGUGGUGCAGGGUCUUCUCAACAAGGAUCCCAUCGCCCGGCUGACUGCACAGGAGUGUCGGAGCCUGGCCUGGUUUGCCCAGCCCUUGCACUUGACAGAGCCUGAGGAGAAGUCUGCGAGGCCGGUGAAGCUGGAAGGCCUGGGCAGCGCCAAUUGCUUCCACCAGAUCGCCACUUUCGCCGUGGCCACCGGCCUCAGCAUGAAGGACAUGCCCAGCGUCUUUCAGGUCUUUCAGUCCAUCGAUCAGGACAAGUCUGGGAACCUGGACUUUGAAGAGUUCCGCAGCGCCUUGGCGCGCCUGGACAUCACCGAGGACCCCCAGCGCUUGAUGGCCAUCUUGGACAUGGACCAGAAUGGCCGCAUCUCGUACACCGAGUUCUUGGCAGCUGUGCUGUCCAGCUCCAUGGACACUGUGCCCGAGAAGAUGAUCCAGGAGGCCUUCGAUGUCUUUGACGUCGACGGGGACGGGGAGAUCUCCCUCUCGGAGCUGCGGGUGAUGAUGUCAGGAGAUGGACCUUUGGUGGAGGUCCUGCCGAAUGGCCAAACGGUGGAUGAGGUGAUGGAGGAGAUCGCGGGCAGCAAGUCGAGCAUUUCCUUCAAGGACUUCAUGAAGUACUUGUCCAGAAUCUCGCGGAGGAGGCGCCGGAGUUCGGACUUUGCGGCCAAGCACGGGGGCGACAGCAGCCAAGCAGGCAUGCAAAUGGUGGACAGCAUGUGCGAGGAGCUGGAAGCAGAGGAAGCAGAGGUGGAGGAGGUGGAGGAGGAUAUACCCGAAGAAGACACUCCGGAAUUUCCUGCACUCGGCUACACCGACAAGGAGGAGCAUCCCCCGGAGGUGGACACCGAGGCAGAGGAGACAGCAUUCUGGAGGGCCUUUGGCCCCUCCAAGGAGCACUGGGCGCUGAAGAGGCCGCAGAGCGGUGGGCCCACAGCUUUGGCAAUGCCUCUGGAGGGUGAUGCGGGCGCGCUGCCCCCCAUGCACGAGUUCCUGCUGGAGCUCUGCGGUGGGCCACGAGAUAUGGAGGAGCAGCGGAAAGCCUUGAACUGCUUGCUGCGCUUUCCGGAGCAGAAGAUCUCAGUGGAGCAGACGGACGUCUUGGCCGCGCACAUCUCCACCAUGAACCAGCACUUCAUCGGAGGCAUGGUGUUGACGCGGCUGCUGGCGGAGGACACGCCGCUCUACGAGUUGCAGGAGAAGUUGCGCCAAGCCCUGGAGGCGAUGCAGAUCGAGACAAAACCAAUCACUCGGCGGCGGAAGGAGCAAAUCGCGGAGCACGAAAAGCAGGAGCCGCAGGUGUAUUCGCCACCGGGCUCACCCAGAACUUCGCCGCCCGCGCGAAUGUCACCGAAAAGUAGCCCGCCGCCGAAGGAGUCUCCGGCACCGGUGCGCCUGAAGUCGAGGCCUGCAGAGAGCCGGGCCUGGGGCGCGCGGCUGCCGCCGCAGGAUGACUUUCGAGAGGCGCGCCUGGCGGAGCUGCGGCGCAAGCAGCGGCCCCCGCGCUUGCGAGUCAGGCAGACGCCCAGCCGCGAGGCUCCUUCGCGGGGGCGGGACUAUCUGAUGGACAAGGACACGAUCCAGGAGAUCUUCCUCCCUCGCCUGGUUCUUGGGCCCGCCAAGCGCGCCGUGCAAACCGGGCAAAGUGCUGAGCUCAAGCCCGGGAGGUCGCUAAAGCCCCGACGGGCCGGGCCAACGAUCAGCUUGCGCCGAGGUUGA